AUUUAGUACAAUAAUACUGCAGUUUUCUCUUAUCUGUAUCUUACCAUUCAAAUAUAUUUAUAUAUAUGUGUGUGUGUGUGUGCGGUUCAUCAUGAAUUGAGAUGGAGCUUUAUUUUUCACCAUUAAAGUUUUCAAAUUUCUUGAUGGAAACUGAAUAAUUUGUUGAAGAAAUAAAAUGAUGGUUAUUGUUCAGGAGCCUGCUUUUGGAUACCUCCAUGGUAGUAAUAGAAGGUUUCUCUUAGAUGGGCAACAAUGGUUUCACUCAGCUUCAUGCCUACGCAUGGUUGACAAGGUUGUGGAGCCAACAAAUGACACUGAAAUUAAUGCUGCUGUUGAUGAUGGAGUUGGUAGUACCAAGAUGAAGAGGAUGAAGCUCAAAGGGAAAAGAGCAGUUGUGAGGUGGCUAAAGUUCUUUAGGUGGAAGAAGAAGAAAGAUUAUGAGAGAAUGACACCAGAAGAAAAAAUACUCUACAAAUUGAGAAAGGCUCAAAAGAAGGAGGCAAGAUAUGUUGAAGCUCUUAAAAAGAUUGAACCUAGUGAGUCAUCUGAGACAACCCAUGACCCGGAAAUUUUGACCCCAGAGGAGCAUUUUUUCUUUUUAAAAAUGGGACUCAAGUGCAAGAAUUAUGUUCCAGUUGGUAGAAGAGGAAUCUACCAGGGUGUUAUUCUGAACAUGCACUUGCAUUGGAAGAAACAUCAGACUCUGCAGGUGGUGGUGAAGACAUUUACGCCUGAGGAGGUUAGAGAGAUUGCUACUGAACUGGCGAGAUUAACUGGAGGGAUUGUGCUUGAUAUUCACGAAGAAAACACUAUAAUUAUGUACAGAGGGAAGAACUAUUCUCAGCCACCAACUGAAAUAAUGUCACCUAGGGUCGCUCUUUCUAGGAGGAAGGCUUUGGAUAAAUCCAAGUAUAGAGAUGGCCUCCGUGCUGUGAGGAAGUAUCUUCCCAAGCUCCAGCAGGAUCUUGUAUUGUUGCAGUCUCAGGCUAAAAGCAAGCCUGCAAAUAUCACUGAUGUUGUUGAAAAAACCGAUGAAACUGUUUUACAGAGUACAGACUCUGAAAGUUAUUCAAAACUCCAGUGGGAGAAAAUGGCAGAUGAGAGCAAACAAUGUUCAGCGCGUGAUCUUGUGAUGAAAGCUGCAUUGGCUUCCGAUUCUGAAGAUCUAUCAGACAUUUUCGAAACUGACUCCGAGAGGGAGGCUGAGGAGAAAGGAGAACGACCACUUUAUUUGGAAGAGUUCGAAAAGUUUCCAGUGAAAAACUAUGAAGAACCUGAAGAUUUUCAGGAUCACUUGCGUCAAAUAUCACAAGAUUCCAAGAAUGCUAAAUCAUCCAGUGAAGAUGUGGAUUUGCAGAAUUUCGACGAGGUUGACAAGUUGUUUAUUCGUGCUGCUUUUCGUUUGAAGAAUAGAAGAUAGUUUUGUAAAAUAUUUAGCUACCAUAAUCAAUUUCAUUGAUAUUUUUUCAACAAAGGUUCAGUUUUUGUUUCAA